AUGAGGAUAUAUUCCGUCACUGAGAUUGGAAUUGGGCCUGUCUCGAGGAGUUUAGGAUUGCCCUUUCCCAUUGUUGACGUUAUUUCGAGCCCGGCAAGAUGGUAUUUUCUUCCUCGUGUACUUUCACAUGCUCCUGCUAAUCCUCCCCAGAAUGUACAAUUCAACCAAGCACUGAAGCAGUCCACUGCUGUUCGACGUGAUCUCGAGACCUUUGCUCAGGCUCCGGCCACGGCAUCUCCUGCUCUACAAGGACAGAUCUCUACUACUCUCACGAGUCUGGCAAGAACCCUCGACGACUACCAGAACCUCUCGCGGAAUGAACUCAACGAGGAGAAGAAGGAAAAGGCGGUCGAAAGAUUGAAGAACUUCAGAGCCGAUCUGGCUUCGUAUCGGGCGCAGUUCGACCAGCUGAAAAAAGAGCGGGAAGGAGCUGUGGCGGCCAACAACAGAAAUGAAUUGCUAGGAAGAAGACCUCAUCACGCUGCAACUCCUGAAAACCCAUACGCACACGCAUCAAGUCAGAGCACAUUCGCACCCGCGCAUCGUAAUACACAGGAUGGUUUAUCAUUUGGAGCAGGUCCCAGCAAUUUCACGCGAGAGGAUCAUGCUCUUCGAGAACAAAACUUCUUCAGCACCGCCAAUGCUCAGCUAGACGAAUUUCUGGAUCGAGGCCGGGCAGUCCUGGGUGACUUGGGACAGCAACGAGAAAUCCUAAAAGGCACACAAAAACGACUAUACAGUGUGGCCAACACUCUUGGAGUCAGCGGCGACACUAUUCGUAUGGUCGAGAGAAGAGCCAUGCAAGAUAAGUGGAUCUUUUGGGGAGGAGUGAUUGUCUUCUUCCUAUUUUGUUGGUUGGUCAUCCACUUUUUGAGAUGA